AUAAUUUUAACUGUCUUGUUACAGUUUUUGGUAAAUGGACAUUGACAUGGACUACGAAAGACCCAACGUUGAAACUAUCAAGUGUGUGGUGGUUGGAGACAAUGCAGUGGGGAAGACUCGUCUAAUUUGUGCAAGAGCAUGCAAUACAACCUUGACUCAGUAUCAGCUGCUGGCAACUCAUGUACCAACAGUCUGGGCCAUUGAUCAGUACCGUGUCUGCCAAGAGGUCCUUGAACGCUCACGAGAUGUUGUGGAUGAAGUGAGUGUUUCUCUCAGGCUGUGGGAUACGUUUGGGGACCACCACAAAGACAGGCGCUUUGCUUACGGAAGAUAGAAGCAUUAAAGAAGAUUGGCAAAAGGACUGUUUUUUAACUAUGUUUGUGUGUGUGAGAGAGGAAGAAAUAAACAUAUUUCAAUACCACUGAGGAUGGAAUGGUUAAUAUUUAUAGUGUCAUCCUUUAAAAUGAAAGUGUGGGGAGUGAGAUCAGUCUGUGCUCUACUGUGUGGUGUUUAGUAUAGUAAUCACAAUCCUACAGGAGCUUUGGGAAACAGAUCCUGGCAGAUUACAGGAGGAAAAGGGAGGUUGUAAUGAUUUACCAGUGUCCCUGGGAGGCACAAAACUGCGUGUUUGAAGACAAGAAAACAUCUUUACACUUCUUUCAAUUUGUCAGGAUUCACUAUCUAUCCUUCUUCCAAUUUUUUUUUGGACAGAAAAUCCAAUGAUUUUGAAUACAUGUCAACUUGUUGCUGUGUUCAAAUUAAUUCUAAAAGCAGAACAGGAAAAAGAUUGGCUUGCACUCUUUUUCCCCUCAUGUAAACAUAUUCCAACACAGUUUGAUUAAUAACCUACAAAGUUUUUUUUAUAUAUGCAGCUCUAGUAUGUGUAAGCACAAGCACAGAGCUCAUUUGUGAAAUCAAGAGUUAAUUCAGUCUUGAUCAAAUAUUUGUUCUCAAUACUACGAGUGUGGUUUGUCAGCUAGUGUAGCCAGGAUGACUUAUUUACUUGCAACUUAAGUAUGAGCUGUAGACCAAACAAAAUCUGUUCAUACAGAUUGGGCAGCAAACGGCUUUUUCCUCGUGACUUACAAAUGUGAAUGAGCCUUUCUGUGAAACUACUGACAGAGCUUCUUAAAAUAUGUUCAUAGUAUUACCUCUGUUCUGAAUGGACUUCAUAAUCUUUGUUGAUAUUGUAUGUACACAGAGGUACACAUGAAUUCAUCUUUUCCUCUAUGGUUACAGGUUUCUUAACAGUUUACUUCCAUGUAAUUGAAUCCAUAGAAACACACAUUUUGAUCACUGCUGAAAUGAGUCCAUAAGAAAAAGCGUUUAUCACCGAUAAGUUGAAGAUUUUUGCCAAUCUGUUUAAGCUGGGUUUUGUUGCUGCUGUUUUUUUGGUUUUCUUAAAAAGCAGCGAUGACAGUGUUUCUCUAACAACAUAGCCCAGGUAACUUUGACGUAAAAUGUUAUUUGAGUUCAGGAAAUUUGGCAAGAUUAGAGUGAAGUGGGUGUCUUCAUUGUGUGCAACUGUGCCUUUAGUUAGAUCAGUUAGAUCAUCUGUUACUUGCUGUCUGAGCUGAAGUUGGGAAUGAACCAGCAGCUCCUCUGCUUUGUUCAGAGGAGUAAGAUUUCAGAAAUGCUUUGAAAAAACCCACACUUUUCACAGGACAAGGAAUUCUGCUAUUUUUAUAUUAGAAUAAUGAUCCUAUUUGCACAUACCUUUUACUGGUCUCUUACUGGCGGAGGCUGGAGGGAGACUGCAGAGAUGCAUCUUUGCAGUAGUAGCACUUAGAAGAGUUUUUUGCUCUACUGACAGAGUCAGCUGGUAGAGAAUCCACCUGUUUCCAGAUAUGUAUUUUAUUUUGCUUUAAUUGCUUACUUCUGGAGAGUUUAGCUGCCA